AUGACAUCCACAAAUUUAAAUCCCCAACGUGAGGUACGUUCCUUUCUAAUGGCCAGAGAUCCCAGCAUUGACCGCAGAUUUCGUCCACGACCCCAAAAACGAGAACGACUUUUUGCCGAAAUCGAGGAAGACGACUAUUCCAGCGAUAGUUCGGUUAGUGAUGUCGACAGCGAUGUCAGGUCUUCCGGAAUAACAGAUGCCAAUUCUAGUGAUGGUUCUGCAUCUCAGGUGGAGACAGGCGCAUUGGUAUAUCUACGUCUUCGACCAGUCAGCCCAUGCCCUUCGCCAUCCUAUAAAAUAUCCGAAGAUGGUAAUGUUUUAAUAACGGGUCCGCCAUUAGAGUGUGCCAGCACAAGCAACAACAAAAAUUCCAUGGAAAAACAUUACAGCUUUUCGGGAAUUUUCAAUGCCACGGUAAGUCAGAGUGAAGUCUAUGAGAAAUGUAUUGGACAAAGGAUCGAGGCGGAGGAAAGUCUAUCGGUUAUGACAUAUGGUACUUCGGGUUCGGGUAAAACAUUUACACUGCUUGGCGAUGCCAAUCGUCCGGGUGUUAUACCCCGUUCAUUGGAGCACAUAUUUACACAAUAUCAAACAAAUAUUUAUCCCACCCCGGUUUUGAAAUUGGCCAAUGGACGCAUUGCUGUACUCGAUGAUGCUGAGGCCGCAAAGGAAAAUCGUAUGCGUUGUAAAAUAAUGUCCAGUUGUCCUGAACUGGAGGGCGAUUAUGCCAAUCUACAGCAACGUAUUGCAGCGGAUCACAAUUUCCCACAACUCCAACUGGACGAUGGUGUAUCCGUACUGAUCUGGGUGUCAUUUGUUGAAAUCUACAAUGAACUGGUAUAUGACCUAUUGGCACCACUGCCAGCCGGCAAUGGCAAGAAGACAAAUCUGAAAAUUGUCUGCAAUGACGGCAAUGUUUUCAUAAAGGGUCUAACAACGGUUUUUGUCAAAACCAGUGCCGAGGCACUUCGCUUAUUACGUUGGGGUCUACAAAAGCUGACGUAUGCAUCGACAUUAGUUAAUGCCAACUCGAGUCGAUCCCAUUGUAUAUUUUUUGUUGAUGUUCUCAAGUAUUAUCGUUCGGGUGUGAUUACGGAAACCUCAUUUAAAUUUUGCGAUUUGGCCGGUUCAGAGCGACUGGACAAGACCGGUAACAUUGGUUCCCGGUUAAAGGAAGCACAACGUAUCAACACUUCAUUAAUGGUUUUGGGCCGGUGCUUAGAUGCCGCCAACACUGUAUCGGCCGGAGGAAAAGAUCGCAUACCAUUUAGAGAAUCAAAGCUAACCAUGCUACUGCAGGCCGCUCUCCUGGGCAAAGAAAAAAUGGCCAUGAUUGUGAAUGUGACACCCACAGAUAAAUACUAUGAGGAAAAUUUAAAUGUUUUAAGUUUUGCUGCCAUUGCCAGAAAUAUUGUCUUCAAAGCCCCGGCGACGAAACAAACCAAGUCACGUUAUUCCGUAUUUGGCGAUAAGGAGUUGGUCAACAACGAAUAUGUUCAACAGCUGUUGGAGGAAAAUGCCUUCCUGCGCAAUGACAACGAAGAUCUGCUGGAUGAAAAUGCCCGGUUGCGUGAUGAAAUUGAACGUAUCACAAAUGAACGCAAUGAAGAGUUGCAAAAACAAGAACAAGAAUUACGGAUACAAUUGGUCGAUUCAUUUCAGGUCACUUUGGAUGAGACCAAAAAGAAUUUCGAACGACGUCUCCAAACUGAACUUGAAUGUCAGCGGCGUAUUUUCGAAUCGAAAAUUGAAUUCCUUAAACGUGAAGCGGAAGAUUUGCGCGAAGAAUUGGAGGAACUGGAAAAGGAGAACAAGGAUAAUAUUGGAAAAAUUGAGGAAAAUGAUAUCAUGAAAAUUGAAAGCAAUGAAAAUAUUCAAAAUCAUCAUCAUAUGCUUUCCAAAAAACGACGAACCAUAGAAUAA